CUCCUCCUCCUCCUCCUCAUUUGGUCAGGAACGCAGAGCGCACGCUGCUGAACGUAGAAGCCGCUGCAGCGUUCCUCCUCUCACUUUCUGACAAGGUCUCCUCUGACAGGAAAUAUGUUUUUCACCGACAUAUUCUGCCAUCCUCUCUGGGCUGCCUUGUCCGCACUGCUGGCUCUCGUUGUGCGCUUGCAGCGCAGAGCCAUCUGGGACCCGCAAGCCUGCUCCGUGCGGCUCAGGGGGAAGACUGCCAUAGUAACAGGGGCCAAUACAGGCAUUGGGAAGUUCAUCGCCUUGGACUUUGCACGGCGUGGGGCACGGGUCAUCCUGGCAUGCCGAAGCGAGUCCCGUGGCACAGCCGCCCUUAAUGAAAUUAAGCAGACUACAGGAAACGCAGACGUCCACCUGCGCAUUGUGGAUCUCUCCUCCAUGGAGUCGGUCAGAGAGUUUGCAAAGAGGAUUCUCGAGGAGGAGAAAGCACUGCACAUACUCGUGAACAAUGCGGCCGUAUCAGGUUUGCCCAGACAGAUGACCAAAGAUGGGUUUGAGGCUUCCUUUGCCACCAACCAUUUAGGACCAUUUCUGCUCACAAAUCUGCUGCUGGACCUCAUAAAGCGCUCCGCUCCGGCGCGUAUCGUCACCGUCAGUUCGCUGAACCACAAGAGGGGUAAAGUUGACUUCUCUCACUUUCAUGGCGAGAACCUUGUGUACAGCAUGGAUCAAGUCUACAAUCACACCAAGCUGCAUAACAUCAUCUGCACCAAUGAGCUGGCACGAAAGUUACAGGGCACAGGCGUCACAGCCAACUCCGUCCAUCCCGGCGUUGUCAUGACGGAGGUGAUGCGACACUAUCCAUUCUGGCUCCGUUACCCUUUCAACCUCAUCGGCUUUUUCUUUUUUAAGUCACCAGAAGAGGGCGCUGUCAGCCCGAUCUACUGCGCCGUGUCCGAGGAGCUGGAAGGGGUGACUGGGAAGUACUUUGACAGCGACUGCUCCCUGGUUCUUCCUGCCCCUUUAGCUCGGGACGCCGCGCUUGCCGUGAAGGACUUUGAGUUCUGCGAGAAGCUGACCUCAAAGCUCUAAAAGCAGCUGCCCGACAAGGACUGAGAACCAGACAAACAAAAAGCGAGAUAAAGUGGGUCAGCUGAAACUUUUUCGAACAGUUUAUGCACUAUUUCCUGCCAAAUGAACCUCGAUGAUUGUGUUAUUAAUACGUUAAAUGGCUCAAGUUUUGCCAUGAGGUUACCUUCUUGUGCCUUGAAACCUUUGGCACAUUUUUGCAACACGUCUCUCAAGAAUUACUCCAGAACCUCCAACGCAUGAUACAAUCACUUCUCUUUAUUGCUUGAUUCAUUUAGACACAACGGAACAUUUAUAGCAUUCAGUGCUUUUCUGAACAAUUUACACGACUUUCCUCCCUCCGGCGCCCGUGGCCUCGCUAUUUGUCUGCAGAGACACAGAUUUAAAAGAGAGAAAGGUGGUCACAUAACACUUAUAUAAUCAAGGAAAAACAAGAUGGCGCCAGUUACCUUUCUGACUCUGCUCCACUAUUUCAUGGAUGAUCUCUUCGAGCACCGGAGCCACGUGAUCCACCUGUCUGGGUAAAAGACGAACAGCUACCUCCAAUGUCUUGUCCUGGAAACGACGCACAAAAUAAAAUGAAAUAAAUAAAUAAAAAAACGUUAGAAAAUAACUGAUGUUUGUCACCCGGACGUUGAGGACGGCGCGGGCCGCGUGCUCACAGGAUUUCCGUCGUGCUCCUGCUGGACGGUGACCUCUUCGAACUGGCCGUUCUCUGUGCGAGGCUCCAUGUCUUUCUUACUGUUCUGCUGCUGACGCACAAGUGCACCAAAAAAAAAAAUUUAAAAAUUGAGGGUUAAAAGUGGUGUUGGGAUAAAAAGCGAUAAAUCUUAAUUUGUUUUAUGACUAAAGAUAAUUUGUUAACUAAAGAUACACUUUGUUUCUUUAGUUAACCAAACGGUAAAAAAAAAAUGUGGCCCAGUGGUGUUAGAUUUUUUUGGAUGCUGUCCCAUUUCGUGCCUUUGCAGUUAUGAUUGUGUGACACCCAACUUUCUCC